AUGCAGGAUCUGACCGGGACCAUUCACCAAGUUUUCACCAACGUCCUGACGGUAAGUCAGGCGUUUACCGAGACGACACAUGAACAUUUUCUCCUGCACCAUGAGGCGCAUUCGGUGUCCAGUAUCCCACUUUUAAAUGCGCACCUCGGAGGAAAUUGCCAUCUCCAUGCCCAGCGUGUUUCAGGCUCGAAAUUGUUGACAACCAAAUUACUGAAACUCGGGCGCUUCUUGAUCACCUGGAAAGUCACCGUACCGCGUUGGAAGAAGAAGUCAGUGCUUGUCAUCCUGAUGAACCACUCCGAGUGCGCAGACAGCGAUGUCAUUCGCCUCCUCAGUCUUCUACAGAACGUCCCAACGCUCGAAGAACUUGAAUUACACAAAAUUUACCUUCACGAUGACUUCUUUGCGCUCCUCGCACUCCUUCAGUCGCGGGAUCCCAAUCUAGGAGGCGAUUAUGUACAAACACCCGCGGUCCUACCCCGUCUCCAGACACUCCACUUGUCCAUCCCCUACGGACCUCUCGCUUUUUCAUGGUCCGCUGUGCAGCAGGCUCUAUCGAAGCGAGCCGCUCACGCGCACACCGAAGAUGGCCGUCCCCUGCUAGACCGAGUGGACAUUAAAGUAUCGGUUAAGGACAACGAAGAGGGGUACUAUAUCAACGAAGCCGGAGUCGCAAUAUUCGAAGGGCUUAUAGAUGAAGGGGUCGAAAUCAAGAUCCGGAACUCGUCCAGGACCGAGGCGCACAGUAUGUUGGCGAAUUCGAAAGCCCAUCACGAGGAGAGGAUGCGAGAGCUCGGGAGCGACGUCUAG